CAUGAUUUAAUUUAAUUAACAGUAACAAUAACAAAUGUCUCAACUACCUCAAUACACAAGUUAAACUGUUGAGUCCUAAUAUUUUCAGUAACCAAGUCAAAUGAGCAUCAAACCUUAACCAAUAACAUUCUAUCCACCAACAUUCACAUAACUCUAGGGUCCAUUAGCAUCAGAUCAAAAUUAUUAAAUACAAUAAUAAUAGUAAUAACAAUAAUAAUAACAAUAAUAAUAGUAAUAAUAAUAGUAAUAAUAAUAAUAACAAUAGCAACAAUAAUAAUAGUAAUAAUUAUAAUAAUAAUAAUAACAGCCAUAAUACUAAUAUGAUGAUUAGUAUAUUAGAUCAAGAUAGUUACCAUAAAAUCUGUAACAAUAAAUGAUGUAACAAUAAUGGAAUGAAUAAUUUUAAUAAAUGUUACAAAUGCAUCACCAUAAUUAUUUGCUCUAAAAUUAGCUGCACAAUCUUAUGAUAAAUUAAACAGCUUAAUCUGAAUAGGCUAGAUAGGAUUUAUAGAUACAAUAACAACAAUCAAUGGCUGAUUUUACAAACUUGUAACCUGAAACUAUUACAGAAUACAUACCAGUUGAAAAGAAAGUUAUUGAAUAUGAAACUAGAAAAAAAAAAAUUUAAGUCCCUGUAACACAUGAAGUAACAGAAUAUGUACCAGUCACUACAGAAACUAUUUCACCAGAAAGAACUGUUCGACUAUCACCUCCUAAAGAAGUACAUAUGGUUCCUACUGUUGUCUAAUAACCACCUAUUUUACAAUAAACUGUAAUUCCAAGACCUCCAUAAUUAUAAAUGGUUCAUGCACCUACUUAAAUGACCAGAAUGCCAACCGUUCCUGCUUAUUAACAAGCACCAUUAACUUCAGUGAGAUCUUAACUUUAAUAAUCACCACCAAGAAUUCUGAACAAACCAACUGAAAUUCCUAUACCACCUCCUCCUCCUCAUCUUCCAUUGCAACCUUUUAAUUAUACACCCAAAGACUUUCCAACUAUGAAUAUGCCACCUCCUCCUCAUUAAUUUUAAGGAUAAAUCUCCUUGAAUUCCCCCUAACCACCACCUCCACCAUAAUUUGAUUCCCACUAAAUUCAAGGAUAAAUCUCCUUGAAUUCCCCUUUACCACCACCUCCUCCAUAAUUUGAUUCUCCACUUCCACCUUAUUCACAUUAAUUUGGUCAUCCAUAAAACUAAUUACCUCCCCAUUUAUUACCUUAAGUACCAUAACAUUAAUUCAAUUAACAUUUACCUCAUUAACAAUAACAUUAAAUAAACCCACAUUAACCACAACAUCAAUAAUAACCUCAUUAAUCAUAAUAACCAUAAUAAAUACAUUAACUAUAAUACCCAUAAUAAUUAUAAUCACCACAUUAACCACAUUAACCAUAAUACUAAUAGUAACCUCAUUAACCACCAUUAUUACCUCAUCCACCUUAAUCUAGGCCUGCUCCAUUCAUUCCAGAAUAAUAUUAUAGAGAUUAAAUAGAAGAUGAAUAAGAAUAACAUUAUUAUGAUAUACCUCAAAGAAAACAUCCAAAUCAUCCUGAUUUUUAAUAGACUUCAAAACUUGAUACCCCAAAUUAUCAUAUUCCAAAUUAUGAUAGUGAAAAUGUAUAAAUUUUAUCUAUAACACUCUUAGAUCAGAGAUAAAUAAUCUGAACCCAUUUAAUAUCCAAAAAGAGCACCCUUUAUUCCAAGAUCUUAUGAUUCUGAUCUUCACUAUCAAAAACCAGAAUAGAUUGAUAUACCAUCUAAGGAUAAUUAAAAAAGAGGCAUUCAAAGAUCAGUCUAUGAAAAACGACCAUAAAAUUCCCAAUAAACCCUAAGAAGCAAAGAAAACUACUUUAAAGACUCUAUAUUCUAAUGA